UUAUGACAAUAAAUGCAAUAACUCCAAGCUUCUCUUCAUUUUGGAACAACUCAUUCUUCUUCUUCUUCCUGAUGGCUGCUUGCUAUGCAACCAGGAACAACAGCACUCCUGCUGCUGCAGUAACAAUUCUAUUUCUUCUUGCACUGCUGACUGCUGGCCUACACAUUGCAGAUGCACAAACAGGUGUUUGCUAUGGAAUGCAAGGGGACAACUUACCAUCGCCACAAGCAGUUGUGAAUCUAUGCAAGUCAAAUAACAUUAAAAGGAUGAGACUUUAUGAUCCAACUCCAGCAGCUCUCCAAGCACUUAGAGACUCCAACAUUGAAGUUAUGUUAGGUCUUCCAAACACAGAUCUUCAAAGAAUAGCAUCCAACCCUUCUGCUGCAACUACAUGGGUCCAAAAUAACAUAAAAGCCUACUGGCCUAGUGUUAGAUUCAAAUAUAUUGCAGUUGGGAAUGAAGUAAGCCCCAUUAAUGGCAACACAGCUCAAUAUUCCUCUUCUCUUCUUCCUGCCAUGAGAAACAUUUACAAUGCAAUUGCAUCAGCUGGAUUACAAAACCAAAUUAAGGUGUCUACAGCAGUUGACACAACAAUACUAGGGAACUCAUACCCUCCAUCCCAAGGUGCAUUCAGAGCUGAUAUAGGAUCAUUCUUAAAUCCUAUCAUUGGUUUCCUAGUAAACCAUCAAUCUCCACUUCUUGCGAAUGUGUAUCCUUACUUCAGUUACAUUGGCAAUCCUCGCGAUAUUAGUCUGUCAUAUGCCUUGUUUACUGCUCCAUCUGUUGUGGUACAAGAUGGUCAGUUUGGAUAUCGUAACCUUUUUGAUGCCCUAGUUGAUGCUCUCUAUUCAGCUCUUGAGAGGGCUGGUGGUUCUUCUUUGGAGAUAGUUAUAUCAGAGAGUGGUUGGCCAUCUGCUGGUGGUGCUGCAACUUCGGUGGAGAAUGCAAAGACUUACAACUUGAAUUUGAUUCAACAUGUGAAGGGUGGGACACCAAAGAGGUCUGGAAGGCCUAUUGAGACUUACAUAUUUUCCUUGUUUGAUGAGAACCGUAAGGAACCAGAGUUGGAGAAACACUGGGGAGUUUUCUUUCCAAACAAACAGCCCAAAUACCCAAUUAAUUUUGGGUGUCACACAGUGAUGUGUUCGAUACGUAAAGGGGUUGCUGGAUUUUAUCUGAAAGCUGGUUUUCCCCAGGUGGUAUAAUUAGUUAAUUUGAGAAGGUUAAGCCUUUGUUUAGGGUUGAUAUGUAUGGUACUAAUUAUGUUUUCUAUGGGCUACUUCAGUUAAUAAAGUUCAUGUAAUCUCUUUAUAAAGCUGUAUUUCUCUGUCUUGGGAUCAAUAAAUGUUUUAGUAUACCUUGACCGGUCA